ACCGCCAUCCUGUACAUGAUGAACUACGAGUCGUACGGGCGCAGCACAGCCUCCGCCCAGUACUUCCUGCAGCUGGCCGGAUACCUGGGCAUACCGGUAAUUUCCUGGAACGCCGACAACUCCGGCCUCGAACGGCGGGCGUCGCAGUCGGCGCUGCAGCUCCAGCUUGCGCCCAGUAUCGAGCAUCAGAGCGCCGCCAUGCUCAGCAUCCUCGAGCGGUACAAAUGGCACCAGUUUUCCGUUGUUACGUCGCAGAUCGCGGGCCACGACGACUUUGUGCAGGCCGUCCGCGAGCAGGUCGCUGCCAUGGAUCACUUCAAAUUUACCAUCCUCAACUCAAUAAUCGUAACCCGUCCGAGUGAUCUACUGGAGCUGGUGAACAGCGAGGCGCGCGUGAUGCUGCUGUACUGCACCAAGAGCGAGGCGAUCGAGAUACUGCACGCGGCCGAGGAGCUGCAGAUCACGGGCGAGAACUACGUGUGGGUGGUGACGCAGAGCGUGAUCGAGAACACGCAGACGCACCCGCAGUUCCCGGUGGGCAUGCUGGGCGUGCACUUCGACACGUCGUCCGGCGCGCUGGUGAACGAGAUCGCGACCGCCAUCCGGGUGUACGCGUACGGCGUCGAGUACUACCUGAACGACGCGAAGAACACGGGCCGGCGGCUGGACACGCACCAGCUGUCGUGCGAGGACCAGGGCCGGGGCCGGUGGGACAGCGGCGAGGUGUUCUUCAAGUACCUGCGCAACGUGUCGCUCGAGAGCGAGUCGAACAAGCCGAACAUCGAAUUCACGGCCGACGGCGACCUCAAGUCGGCCGAGCUGAAGAUCAUGAACCUGCGGCCGAGCGUCAACAGCAAGGGGCUGGUGUGGGAGGAGAUCGGCGUGUGGAAGUCGUGGCAGCAGCAGAAGCUGGACAUCCGCGACAUCGCGUGGCCGGGCAACUCGCACACGCCGCCGCAGGGCGUGCCGGAGAAGUUCCACCUGAAGAUAACGUUCCUGGAGGAGGCGCCGUACAUCAACCUGUCGCCGGCCGACCCGGUCAGCGGCAAGUGCCUGAUGGACCGGGGCGUGCUGUGCCGGGUGGCGGCCGACCACGAGAUGACCGACAUCGACAUGGGCCAGGCGCACAAGAACGGCUCGUUCUACCAGUGCUGCAGCGGCUUCUGCAUCGACCUGCUGGAGAAGUUCGCCGAGGAGCUGGCGUUCACGUACGAGCUGGUGCGGGUGGAGGACGGCAAGUGGGGCACGCUCGAGAACGGCAAAUGGAACGGGCUGAUCCACGAGCUGGUCAACCGCAAGACGGACAUGGUGCUGACCUCGCUGAUGAUCAACGCCGAGCGCGAGGCGGUGGUCGACUUCAGCGAGCCGUUCAUGGAGACCGGCAUCGCGAUCGUGGUGGCGAAGCGCACCGGCAUCAUCUCGCCGACCGCCUUCCUCGAGCCGUUCGACACCGCCUCGUGGAUGCUGGUCGGCAUCUUCGCCAUCCAGGCGGCCACCUUCAUGAUCUUCCUGUUCGAGUGGCUGUCGCCGAGCGGCUACGACAUGAAGACGGUGCUGCAGAACGGCCAGUCGACGCCGUACCGGUUCUCGCUGUUCCGCACCUACUGGCUGGUGUGGGCCGUCCUCUUCCAGGCGGCCGUGCACGUCGACUCGCCGCGCGGCUUCACCUCGCGCUUCAUGACCAACGUGUGGGCGAUGUUCGCCGUCGUCUUCCUCGCCAUCUACACCGCCAACCUGGCCGCGUUCAUGAUCACGCGCGAGGAGUUCCACGAGUUCACGGGGCUGGACGACUCGCGCCUCUCGCACCCGUUCUCGCACCGGCCCACGAUCAAGUUCGGCACGAUCCCGUGGAGCCACACCGAUUCGACCAUCUCGAAGUACUUCAAGGAGAUGCACUACUACAUGAAGCAGUACAACCGCUCGAGCGUCGCCGACGGCGUGACGGCCGUGCUGAGCGGCCAGCUGGACGCGUUCAUCUACGACGGCACCGUGCUCGACUACCUGGUGCAGCAGGACGAGGACUGCCGGCUGCUGACCGUCGGCCAGUGGUACGCGAUGACCGGCUACGGGCUCGCCUUCAGCCGCAACUCCAAGUACGUCGGCAUGUUCAACAAGCGGCUGCUGGAGUUCCGCGCCAAUGGCGACCUGGAGCGGCUGCGCCGCUUCUGGAUGACCGGCACCUGCCGGCCCGGCAAGCAGGAGCACAAGUCCUCCGACCCGCUCGCCCUCGAGCAGUUCCUCUCCGCCUUCCUGCUGCUGAUGGCCGGCAUCCUGCUCGCCGCGCUGCUGCUGCUGCUCGAGCACCUCUACUUCAAGUACUUCCGCAAGCGGCUGGCGAAGAAGGACCGCGGCGGCUGCUGCGCCCUCAUCUCGCUCAGCAUGGGCAAGUCGCUGACGUUCCGCGGGGCCGUGUACGAGGCGACCGAGAUACUGCGCCGCCAUCGCUGCACCGAUCCGAUCUGCGACACGCACCUCUGGAAGGUGAAGCACGAGCUGGACAUGACGCGCCUGCGCAACCAGCAGCUGGAGAAGGCGAUGCACGCGCACGGCAUCAAGCCGCCGCAGCUCAAGAUCGCCUCCACGAGCGACAUCAUCGGCGUGACGGGCUCGGGCGGGACGCGGUCUGGGGCGCUCGUCGGACCACGCCCACCGCAUCAGCCGCACCUGCUCGGUAACCUCAGUCUCGGUGGAAGCGCGCAGGACCUCUACCGCUGGUCUUACAAGACCGAGAUAGCCGAAAUGGAGACGGUGCUGUAA